AUGGGCGACAUUUUACUCCACACCUUCGACGAGCAUCGGAUGACUUCGCCAUUCGUCGAUGCCAUGGUUUGUGUGGUCGUCGUCGCGUGCAAUGAGGGAUUCCGAAGCAAGCUACCGCCCAAGUCACCAUCGGAUAUUCGAGCAGUCCUCGAACGCGCGGGUAUCACAACUUCCGUCGGCAUUGUGGAUGCCGUUAUGCGCGAGAAGUUUACCGGCAAUUCCGAGUCCUGGCAACUUCAUUGGAACAACGCGCUUUCCUUGUUCACCAAUUCGGAAGACGAGGAGAUGACAGACCGCAACGCACACCCAUUGCCCGAUCUGCCACUUCAACUGCUCUACCUCGUAUGCCGAUUGACCGAUUGCACCUCGCCGGUGAACGCUAUGCGGUUGGCCGCCUGCAUCCAGUGCCAAGAUAGCUCGAUCUCUACACAGGAGUCAAAGCUCAAGGCAGAGGCGACGGUACAUUUCUUCAGUUUGGCAAAUAUUUCGACAAUCGUUGCCGUCAUCAAUCGUAGCCUCGAAGAACAAGAGGACCUUUUG